CUUUUCUUCCUUCUUUCUUCACUAGAUAGCAUGGACCCUGGAAUCUCUAAACAAGAUGAAGAAAAGAAGUACACUUCUGUCUGUGUUGGCAGAGAAGAUGAUAUUAGAAAGUCAGAAAGAAUGACGGCUGUUGUCCAUGAUAGAGAAGUGGUCAUUUUCUACCACAAAGGAGAAUAUUAUGCUAUGGACAUUCGCUGCUACCAUUCUGGAGGACCCUUACACUUGGGAGAAAUUGAGGAUUUCAAUGGACAGUCAUGUAUAGUUUGUCCCUGGCAUAAAUACAAAAUCACUUUGGCAACAGGAGAAGGAUUAUACCAGUCUGUAAACCCUAAAGACCCAUCAGCGAGGCCUCAGUGGUGCUCCAAAGGAGUGAAGCAAAGGACUCACAGGGUGACGGUGGAUAAUGGCAAUAUUUAUGUGACGCUUUCAAAGGAACCUUUUAAAUGUGACUCUGACUAUUAUGCCACUGGAGAAUUCAAAGUAAUUCAGAGUUCUUCCUGAUAAAAAAUAUAUGGCAGCAAAAAAUGUGUGUAUGUUUGAAAA